AUGGCCAAAGCUCAAAAUGCCAGCGAGUCCUUUGCCAGGCAGCUGGAUUCAGGUCAUAAAGUAAAUUGCCCUUGGAAAGGAAACAGUUGUCCAGAAAGCUUAGUGCAGUUCCCUCCAACUCCUCCAUCCGCCUUAAUUGGCGGCUACAAGGAUAGAUGUGAUGGACUAGUACAAUUUCACUGUCUUCCUGUGGUAGCCAUCUCUGCAAUUGAGUUGAUAUCUGUUUCUCGUGGCCCCCAGAUUGAACGCCUUCUAUUGCAGUCUCGGAAUUUUAUUUCAGGAGAAGUAGACCUCAAACCAGAGAAUAUAUCUGAGCUUGAAAACUCUCAAGAUGAGGCAUACUGUUUAUAUACUCGUGCUCAGAAACUUAUAAGCCUCUGUGGGUGGGAACCGAGGUGGCUAUUAAAUGUUCAAGAUUGUGAAGAGCACUCUUCUCAAUCUGAAAGAAAUGGAUAUUCUUUCGGCCCAAGCAAAACUCAACGUUAUCUUACUCAAGAUCCUGGGUCAAAGGCAGUUUCUGCUUCUACUAAAUUGAAUGCCAGAAAGGGGAAGGCAUCUCUUAAAGAGACUAGACUUGACUCAAGGUCACCUUUGCUUGAUUGUAGCUUAUGUGGUGCUACAGUCAGAAUUUCAGAUUUUUUAUCAGUUCCUCGUCCUACUCGUUUUGUACCUAACAGUAUAGAUAUUCUUGAUACUAGUAAAAAAAUAGGAUUGACCCGUGGAGCAAGUGCAGCAAGUGGAAUCAGUGGUUGGAUUGCAGCUGAUGAUAUAGAGAAAGAUCAAACUGAAGACCGUGAUGAAGUUGCAACAACGAAUGUGGGUAAAUUGUUAGCAAACGAAGAUUUGGAUUUAAAUCUUACCAUGGCAGGGGGUUUUCCUUUUACUCCUUUGGGUAGGACAGAAACAUCUGAAUAUACUCAUGAUGAAGAUAUGGGAAGGGACUUAAUGAUCGGCCAGCCUUCUGGAAGUGAGAUUGGUGAUCGUGCAGCUUCAUAUGAAUCACGAGGGCCUAGCUCCCGAAAGAGAAAUCUUGAAAAAGGUGGAAGCUCAGAUGAUCGUCACAUUCUUAGGUUGCAGCAGCAGGCUGAUAGUGUAGAAGGAACUGUUAUUGAUCGUGAUGGUGAUGAAGUUACGGAUGGUGGACAAUAUUCAGCUGGCCCAUCAAAACGUUAUCGAGAAUCUGAUAUUUUUGAUACUUUUUGUUCACCUCAUCAAAGAGACUCAUCCGGUGCUGGUCCGAGUCAUUCAAGGGGUUUUGAGGCUCACGCAACUGGAAAUCGAUUUUCUUCAAAUCCUCAAGGUAGUGACCAUCCAAUAGGUAUCCAAUCUACUAGGGACUCAACCCGUGCAUCAUCUGUCAUUGCAAUGGAUACAAUAUGUCAUAGUGUGAAUGAUGAUUCUAUGGAAAGUGUUGAAAACUACCCUGGGGAUCUUGAUGAUGUUCAUUUCCCCUCCUCUAGCACAUAUGGCAAUGUGGACAUGAAUGAAACAUCUGAACUGAAUAACAGCAAUCUAGCUCAGCAAAGCACUUGCUUACAAACUGCUACUGAAGUUGUCCCUGGUGAAAUGGGUGUCAGUAGUACAAACUAUGGGGAAGAACUUUUCAAUGCAGAAACUGUGACUGCUCAGGCUCGAGAAGGAAUUAGUUUGGGCAUCAGUGGAGGGAGUGUUGGAAUGUGUGCUAGUCAUGAAGCUGAAAUCCACGGGGCUGAUAUAUCUGUGCACAGAGCUGAUAGUGUUGUUGGUGAAAUGGAACAGAAAGUAGAAGAUGCUGAAAAUCAGGGGCAGACAGGUGAAUCUGUUCCAGAUCCAGGUCUAAUGGAUGAGAUUAUCCCUGAUGAUAUGAACAGGGAAGAUCCUAUUGGUGAUAGCCAGGAGAUGAUGUCUCACUCUGCAGGAAGAACAGACAGUGGGUCAAAAAUUGGCUGUUCUACAAAGGCAGAAUCUGUUGAAAGUGGGGAAAAGAUUAGUCAAAAUUGCAAUCGUCUGCCUGCUAAUAUUAGUCAACCAUCUCGUUCUAGUAAUGAUAAUAUUUAUUUGGGUUGUGAAAAUACUAAAGAAGAGAUCAAGAAGGAUGGUAAAUCAUCAUUUGCCAUUGCAAACGGGAUAGGUCCUCCAAAAGGAGAGAGUAAUUAUGAAGCUGCUGAAUUUGAUCCUAUUGCCUAUCACAAUCAAUGUUGCCCUUGGGUAAAUGGCAAUGUUGCUGCUGCUGGCUGUGCUAGUUCUGUUCCAAGCACAAGUAGUGAUGCGUUUGCUCUUUCCGGUUGGCAGCUGACUUUGGAUGCUUUGGAUGCUUUGCAAUCACUGGGGCACAAUGCAAUUCCAACUGUACCGUCUGAGUCUGCUGCAUCCUUGUACAAGGUCAUGUACAACAUUGAUAUAUUCGAAGAGGUGCCAGAGAACUAUCUCAAUGCAUGA